AUGCCAAGAAAAGCAGGGAAUGGGUGCAUUACAUGUCGCAUUCGUCGUGUGAAAUGCGACUUGGCAAAACCUUCGUGUCAAAGAUGUACAAGUUCUAAACGACAAUGCGAUGGGUAUCUCCCUGAGGACUCGACGGUUACACGACGUCAACUUGCAGAGGCAGCUCGGCAGAUGUCAGUAAUUGGACCAAUCUCACAGGCUCUUUCGCAGUACCCACGGGAUAGAAGUCGUUCAGCGUCACCGACGAAUCUUACGCUGUUCGAUGUGUUUCGUACAUUAACAGCGCCUUCUACUGCAUCGUUUAUACCGUCGCAGUUCUGGACGAGGGAGUUGCUACAGCUGGCGCAUUCUGAACCAGCAGUAUGGCACGCUACCCUUGCGCUUGGUGCACUGCAUCAGCGGCAUGAGCUUUUCUGGCAAGGCCGUGGGUAUCACAGCGGAGAGAAAUUGUGGUCGCAGGCAAAUGAGAACUACGGGAGAGCGAUAACGUGUGCCCGAGAUGUGAAGGAUCCAACACAGCUGCUCGCAUUGAGUCUUGCGCUUUUAUCAGUGACCAACAUGAUGGGUCGAUGGUCCGAAAGUCAAGUUCACAUCAUUGCUGGUCAUCGGCUGCUAAGUCAAGCAGGACAUGGCUCCGAGACGUCGGGUGCUGCAGAGAUAUUGACGCGGUUGGACUUGAUGGCCAUGACAUUCUCUGAUUCAUCAGCGCCGUAUCCUUAUAAGCUUGCGCCAAGGACGGUGUGGAUUGAUGAGCACAUGAAGACCGCGGAGAUAGAGAGCUAUGGACAAGCUGGGACAGCGUUAUUUGGUAUGAUGAGAAGACUUAUGAUGUUGUCUGAGACGACGGAUCCAGGAGAUGAAGAGGGUGCUGCGAAAGACCUUGAGAUGCUGCAUCUUACAAUGGAGGACCUUAGCUCGUGGGAGCACAAGAUGGCCCAGUUCGAGAAGAAGCAUCCGAAUCCGCACGACGAAACAGGCGCCGUGUCCAUCAGGCUGUACCACACAAUGCUACGCAUGUUCCUAUCAGGAGGCGCUUUCGGCCCAGAAACUCGAUGGGACAGAUUCCUCGGCCACUACGAACGCAUCCUCACACUCGCAGAAACACUGUGGUCCAACGCACCACCCUCCCAAGUCCAAUCGCCCCUCUCCCUAGAAUCAGGCUUCAUCGUGCCCGCCUUCAUGGUCGCCCAGCGCUGCCGACAUCCCUGGCUACGUCGUCGCGCGAUUAGUUUUCUCUACAAAAUCAAGCGACAAGAAGGAAUGUGGCACAGCGACGGUGCAGCAGCAGUAGGUCAGCGAAUAAUGGAGAUUGAAGGACAGAAGUACUUUGCUAGCGAUUUGGCUUCUCCUUUGGAAGCGAUGGAGGAUGUUCCGUGGGAGGCGUGGGCGGAGACGGAAGAUAUUCCUGCGAGGACGAGUUGGGCGGGUAUAGAGAGGGUUCCUGAGAUGAUGAGAAUGAGGGAGACGUUGGUGAUGGUGGAUGCGGUUGAGAAGAGGGUUGAGCUGUCGCUUAUAAUGAGUUCAGGCGAUGAUAUCGGGAAUUUUGGAGAAGUGAAAUCCGAGACUGUGGUGUUUGGGUAG